AUGACGGUGACAAUAUGCAAGGCCAACGAGAGUGUUCUUGUUCUGCUGGUAUCUACAGUUGGUGUUAGUUGGGUGAAUGUAACGUAUGCUGAGGAUGUUGGUAUGGAGAAUGAAAUUCUCAAAUUAGCUGUGUACACAUUGGUUAACUGGGUGACUGUUUUGGUGCUCCUUCAUCCGAGUUCAAUAAAGAAUGCUGGACUUAAGAAUGGUUCAAUAUUUGAUGCCGAUUUGCGGGUGUUUUCGAGAGCUUCCGUCUGGGUUUUCAUCUCUGCAGCUUCUCGGCCAAUUCCAGCUGAAGUGGAACUAGUAUCGUUUGACACUUGCCAUGGAAUGGUGAAGAAGUAUCAACAUCUCGAUGAUUUUCAUUGGGCCGUCAGGCCACUAUCAAUUGCAUUGGGCCUAUUUUCGUCUAUGAAGUUUGACCUUUUCAUUGGGAGGAAAAUUGGGAGAUCAAAGAACAGAAAGGGACUGAAUCAUGACGUCCAAAAUGGUCAAAAUGCAGAUGGCUCGACCGCUGGCAAUACUGUAUGGCGUCCUCCGAAAGUGGGAAAUAUUUUUUUCUACCUACAGGUAACUCUACUUGUGUAUGCUUUUGGUGUUAGUCGGGUGAAUGUAAGGUAUGCUGAGGAUGUUGGUAUGGAGAAUGAUUAA